GCAGCCCGAGCUGGUCUAAUAACGGUAUCAAAUUAAAGCGUUAAAAUAACGAUAAUAACUUUGUCAUUUACAGCAUCAAUUAUUUAUUACCUGAUGGCUACAGCUACGAAGAAUAAAAGGAAGCCGUUACCCUGGAAUGUAACUGAAAACGCAUUGAGUUCGGCAUACAGCAACCAAAACAACAAUAACAACAACAACAAUAAUAAUAAUAAUAAUAAAGACAGCGAAGGAAGUGAAGCAACAACAACAACACCCACGUCUGCACCCAUCGAUACGAUCGGCUCCGAGAUCAGUGUGACGGGGAACGGAGCCGGGCUCACCGCCGCAGGAACAGGAGGCGCGGACGGGAAGUGGGUCCGGCUCAAUGUCGGCGGUACCGUCUUCCUGACGACGCGCCAGACACUGCUCAAAGAGCAGACAUCCUUCCUUUACCGACUGUGCCAGCAACAAGACCUGCAUUCUGACACGGAUGAAACAGGUGCCUAUGUGAUUGACAGAGACCCCACAUACUUCGGCCCUAUACUUAACUACCUCCGGCAUGGGAAACUGGUUUACAACAAGGAACUGGCUGAAGAAGGUGUAUUGGAGGAGGCAGAGUUUUAUAACAUCACUCCACUGAUUAAACUAAUUAAAGAGAGGAUUCUUGAACGAGACUGUAAGGCCUCUCAGCAGGUGCCUCCAAAGCACGUGUACAGGGUGUUGCAGUGUCAGGAGGAGGAGCUAACACAGAUGGUGUCUACGAUGUCAGACGGCUGGAAGUUUGAGCAGGUCAGCGUACGUGCCUGCCGAAAGCCGCGGCCCGGACUGCUCUGGACUAUGGUGAAUAUUGGCUCAUCUUAUAGCUAUGGUACCGAGGACCAGGCUGAGUUCCUCUGUGUUGUUUCCAAAGAGCUUCACACGUCUGGUGGGGGCCUAGGGACAGAGCAGAGCCACAAGAAUAAGGCAUCAGACACUCAGGCGGAGGAAGGAGAAAAGGAGGAGCAGGAAGAGGAAGAAGAGAGAGAAAGAAAUGCCACCCCAAAUGAGUGGAUUUAGAGAUUAGGAGACAUUUGUCAUUGUUUCGAUCACAUGAAUGGCUUUUCCAGAUUCAUGGAUCCCGGAUGUAGAGUAUACCUUUUUUGGUAUUACCAUAGUUAUUUUUUCCAAAUACUGAAUUGUUUAUUUCGCAGAUAAGUGAAAAACCAGCAGCUAAAAGAUAAUCAAAGUAUGGAACUGUGUGUGAAGCAUGUGUAGAAAAGUGUUUAAGCAAAAGUUAAUAGAUCUCACUUGUGACUAAAGGGCAACUGAUUGUGGUAUAAUUUCUAUCAACAAACUUUAAUUUAAUGAAAACAGGAAUUAAAAAGGAAAAAAUAUAAAAUGGGACUUGAUUCAUACUAUAAUAUCGGACUAUUGCCAUAACUUUAAACCAGUGAUACAAAGAUUUGUGGUAAAUAUGUUGACAAUAUUAUAAAACCUAAAAAAAAAUGGCUGUGAAAAUGUGACUCAUGUUAAAUAUGUAGCCUAACCACCAUUUAUUGAGCAGUUGACACAGUUAUGUUAUCCUGUGCUCCUAACACAUACCAGUGCAACUGGGAUUCUGCACUGUUCCAAUGUUGUGGUUGGUUUGUUUAAAACUUCAGUCAUAUAAAGUAAUACAACUGGAUCUGUUUUGAAUGCUAUAUGACAUUAUGUGAUGCCCUUUUGUCUUGGAUUUAUUCCAAUUAUACAAUAUCUUUCUACAUUUGGGUUCUAUAAACCCAUUUUAUUUAAAAAUACAAUGACUAAAUUAAAUGAACAGUUCACUUAUUUUAAACAAGCCACAAAGUCAAAAAAAUCAAAAGAAGCACUUUCUGCCUCCCUCAGUCAUUUAUUGA